AGCAUCGCGAUAGUUGGCUUAAAUGUGGCGGCGGGAAGGAAACUGCUAGGGAUAUUCAAGCCGUUGGAAAGUGGGCAAUGAGGCGAUGGCCGACAACCUCAGCCCUGACAGCGAGCCCACGACACGCACACUGCUACGGCGGGUGCUGGAUACAGCGGACCCGCGCACACCGCGGCGAGCUCGGAGUACUCGGCCUGGUUGCUGGUCUUUACACAGUGCCCAGAGAGACCUGCUUGAAACACCUUCCUCUAGGAGGCAGAGGAGUCAAACAAAGAUGACUGCCAGGCGUCGUUCUCAUACAGCCACGUCUGUUGACAGAUUGGCCCGUGUUCAAGCCAGUGGACACCUGGAGGAACAGACACCCCGGACUCUGUUGAAGAACAUCAUACUAACUGAUUCUUACCCCCUGCAUCACCUGGGAAGUCCUCUCCUUGCUAUUUCUAUAGCUCCAGAAUCUUCCAUUGUAAUGCCAGAGGCUGUGGUGAAGCUGGUGCCAUCACCACAGGUGGUCCAGCCUUCCAGACGGGAAAGCAGUCGGGGCAGUCUGGAGCUGCAACUUCCUGAACUUGAGCCCCCCACAACCCUGGCUCCAGGUCUGCUGGCUCCUGGCAGAAGGAAGCAGAGGCUGAGGUUGUCAGAGUUUCAGCAAGGAAUGGACUGGGGACAUCUUUCCCAAGAGCCUCGUGAGAAUGCUGAUGCCUCUUCCCUCACCAGGUGCUGUUGCCUAUUUAUUCUUGGAAUUGGUGGAAGAGAGGCUUGGGAAAGGAGCUCUCUCAACUUGACCUUUGCUGUGCCUCUCCAGCCACAAUCAGUGAAGAGGCCUGGUUUGGCUCGUAGACCGCCUACUCGCCGAGUGGUAGAUGUGGGUACAUUUUUGCAGGAUCUGCAAGAUACUUCCCUGGCUGUUGCUCCUCCAGGUGAGAGCCACAGAACCCCUGUUGCUACUGUGCCAACGGACACAGUGUUGGAGGACACCCAGCCCUUCUCUCAGCCCUUGGCUGGCCAUUCCCCCAGUGUACACCACUCCCUGCCUUGUCCCUCUCCCUCUGGGGCCAAAGAAGUGGAGGGGGCUGCCAGUCGCAGGACACGGAGCAGUGGGCCUGGACUUCAAAACAACUACUCAGGUCCUGGAAAACCAGCCCAGCUUCUUGCAAGAAAGAUGGAGGAGGCUGAAGCCAUUGCUUUGGGCUUGCCAAACACCAGCAGUGUCUCUGGAGAAGAUGGCAUAGAGCCCCUACAGAAUGGAGUAGGUGAGGAAGCAGAGGAAAGUAUGGAAGAAAGCAUGAGUGUGAGGGAAGUGGAGAAGGCAGCAGAAGAACAAGGAUCUGCCAGGGCAGAAGAGCCUGAAGGACACACAGAGGUGGCAGCAGCAGCAGGAUCCUUGGGGGCUAUUGAGGCCAAGGAGCCAGAAGGAUCUUCAGAGGAUGAAGACACCUCUGCAAGUCCAGAAUUGCCCCCCAGCACUCCAGAGUUCCUUCGGACCAGGCAACUUCAGUUUCCUGAGCCGGCUCCACCACCAAGCACUGCAGUGUUACCUUCAGAACUCCCAAAGCAUCUGUCGGCCAGGAUUCCUCCCAGGCCCCGAAUCCCUGGCUCCAGACCCCGUCAAGAUCCCUACAAGGCUGGACUGAACCACUAUGCAAAACUCUUUAGCUUCUAUGCUAAGAUGCCCAUGGAGAAGAAGGCUGUAGAGAUGGUGGAGAAGUGCCUGGACAAGUACUUCCAGCAUCUUUGUAACGACUUGGAGGUAUUUGCUGCUCAUGCUGGGCGCAAGACUGUGAGGCCAGAGGACCUGGAACUGCUGUUGCGAAGGCAGGGCCUGGUCACUGACCAAGUCUCCCUGCAUGUGCUCGUGGAGCGGCACCUGCCCCUGGAGUACCGGCAGCUGCUCAUCCCUUGUGCCUUCAGUGGCAACUCUGUCUUCCCCUCCCAGUAGGGGCCAGGACUCAACACCUGCCCUGUUCCCACCUGGGGUUGCUUGGCCUCACAUACACUUCUAGGUUUCCUCCCCACCCCUCAGCAUCAAUAAAGUGUCACAAACAGAA